ACAUUUGCUCUUGACACAUUUUUGACAGCGGCAAGAGAGAGAUAGAGUAAAGUUGACUCACAUCUGUCAAACGCGAAAGGUGCAAAAAUGGGUUUGUUUGGGAAGACUCCGGAAAGAAACCCUAAGGAUAUGGUGAAUGAGUGGACGCACAAAUUGCGGAAAGAAGGCUACCAAUUAGACAGGCAAAUCAGAGCGAUACAGAGGGAGGAGGAUAAAGUGAAGAAGAGUCUUAAGGAGGCUGCAAAGAAGGGAGAUAAGGAUGCCAGUGUCAUACUGGCGAAGGAGAUCAUAAGAGCUAGGAAGGCUGUAACCAAAAUUUACACCUCGAAGGCUCACCUGAAUUCUGUGCAGCUGCAGAUGAAAAAUCAGCUGGCUACUUUAAGGGUGGCUGGUUCUUUGGCGAAAUCCACUGAGGUUAUGCAUGCCAUGCAGAGGCUGGUCAGGAUACCAGAGGUGGCACAGACGAUGCAGGAUAUGUCUAAGGAGAUGAUGAAGGCGGGUAUCAUCGAGGAGAUGCUCGACGAGACUUUCGAGGGGAUGGAGGAUCAGGAUGAGAUGGAGGACGCGGCGCAAGUUGAGGUCGAUAAAGUGUUGUGGGAGUUGACCGAGGGUAAACUAGGCGAAGCCCCGUUACCGCCCGUCGGCGAUACCGGAAUGGGGGAGGCUGCAAAACCAGAAGUGGAAGAGCACGAAGAGGAUGAGGAAGAGCUGGAGGAGAUGCAAAGUCGCUUGGCAGCGCUUCGAUCGUAAUAUCAUUAAUUCAGAGUUUAGAUAU